AUGGGUUCUGAUAAUUUAGCAGAAGCAAUUGUGCAACCGAUUAAUGAUCAAGUAAAGAAACUAACCGCAAAGGGUGGUGGUUCUUCAUCUUCUUCUCCUCCUCCAAGUACUGGAAUUGAAUUAUUUAGUGGGAAAUAUUAUGCUGCUUCCGCAAUUGGUGGGUUAGUUGCUUGUGGUCCUACCCAUUCAGCUAUUUGUCCCUUGGAUUUGGUUAAAUGUCGUCGUCAAGUUGAUAGUUCGUUAUACUCUUCGAAUUUACAAGGAUUUUCCAAAAUUAUCAAGAGUGAAGGGCUCGGUGGAUUGUUUACUGGGUUUGGUGCCACUUUUAUUGGUUAUUCUUUCCAGGGAAUAGGUAAAUACUGUGGUUAUGAAUAUUUCAAGAAAACGUAUGGUGAUUUAGUUGGUCCAGAAAACUUUAAAAAUUAUAAAACUGGAGUUUAUUUGGCUGCAAGUGCAUCAGCAGAAUUUUUAGCUGAUAUUGCAUUAUGUCCUUUUGAAAUGAUUAAAGUUAAGACCCAAACUACCAUUCCUCCUUAUGCUACAAAUGUUUUCGAUGGUUGGAAAAAAUUGGUUGCAAGUGAAGGUACUGCUGGUUUAUAUAAAGGUUUGGUUCCAUUAUGGGCAAGACAAAUACCUUAUACUAUGGUUAAAUUUUCAACUUUUGAAAAAACUGUGGAGGAAAUAUAUAAGUAUUUGGGUAAACCAGUAUCAAGCUAUACUCCUAUUCAACAGACCGGAGUUUCAUUCUUGGGGGGAUAUAUAGCUGGGAUUUUUUGUGCAAUUAUCUCCCAUCCUGCCGAUGUGAUGGUUUCCAAAAUCAAUGGUGAUAAAAAACCAACUGAAUCAACUGGUCAAGCACUUUCAAGAAUUUAUAAACAAAUUGGAUUUUCCGGAGUUUGGAAUGGAUUGCCGGUAAGAAUAAUUAUGGUGGGUACCUUGACUGGUUUCCAAUGGUUGAUCUACGAUAGUUUUAAAGUUUACGUUGGUUUACCAACUACAGGUGGUCAUUGA